GAAUAUUGCACUGUCAUUUUUCAGGGUUUAUCAAAACCAAUCACUUAAGUUGAUUUUAGCAAUGUAGGUUCUGAUUGUUUUUUCUUGACAAGAAAGUACUACUUUUUUAUUUUUAUAUUAUUGCAAUAUAUUACACUCUGCUCAUGUUUUUGGUUGUUUUUUUUUCUUUUUCACUCUAGAGGAAAGUUCCUGUGGAAAGGAAAUAGGAACCAAACUUUGAAAUCUAAAAUAAGGACUAAACUGCUUUUCAUUUACUUUUCUGCCCUUUGAGAUGCCAGAAGCAAUUUCCUCUUGAAGCUGACUUCCUUUCUGGAAAUGAUUUUCGUCUCCAACCAUGUUGAGGCUCUUUUCUCAUUCUUUCAUUCUGACUAACUUGCUUUAUUUCCCUCUCGCUGCAGUUGAGAACUUCUGGAGUGAGAGCGACAGAUCUUGCUGCUCCCCCCAGCCUUUUCCUGCAAUUUAAUCACUUGCAGAUCUUGCCAUGGGGUGCGGACUGAGAAAGCUGGAAGACCCAGAUGAUAGCAGCCCUGGAAAAAUCUUUUCUACAUUGAAGAGACCACAAGUUGAAACAAAGACGGAUUCUGCUUAUGAAUAUGUAUUGCUGGAUUUUACUUUAGAAGGUUCCUCAAAUCCAGACGUCAUCAAGAUCAGUUCUGUGUUGGAUAUAGCACCUAAGGUGGAAGAAUAUUACAGCAAAGGAUAUGUUGUAGGAGCUGUUCAUCCUAUUAUGCUGCCAAUUGGACGUAGAAGGAGUUUCCCUGCAAGUCACAUGUAUCGAGUGGUACUUUCACGAUUAAAAUUAAGCCAGAAGCAUGCAGCACCCAGAGGACAAAGGCACCCCAGGCUGGUGAUUGAGGAAUGUCCUGUAAUGUAUGAAACACUGACAAAUGAGGUAGUGAAAGAACUGUUAGAAAAGGUUAACGAAGCUGCUAAAAGAGGAAAGAAGUUUGUGGGAUUUGUAACGCAUUUUCCUCAACCUAAAGCCUGUAAUGGAACAAGCACAGAUGGAAGUGCAGAACUGGAAUCAACACUAGGUAGAAGAAAUAGGGAACACAGAAGAAAAAAUUCUGAUGAAAACUAUAAAAACUGGAAUGAAGGGACAUUGAGUGGUCACUCAUCUGAGAGCGGAAUAGAGGAGGAAAUGCAAGGAGAUAGCAGUCUGUUACAGGAUGCAGAUUUCCAGUUUGGAAGAGAAGUCAGCCCUGUUAAACCACGGAAAGGAGACGACAAGCUGUAUACAGUCUUCAAUGUUUUUGAUGAUGAUUCUACCUGCUGGACCUACCACGAGAGCAUCUUGUCUAUGAAAGUAACAAGAAAGGGGCCAGUUAUUAGUACACUGGAAGCAGACUGGCUAGAAUUAACCACAUUUUAUUAUAAACAAGGAUUGUCAUUAAUUGAUUCAUUUGUACACUGGGAAACUUCUAAAGGGGACUAUUUGCCUAAAUCUGUAGAAGGAUUAUUUAUCUAUGAAGAAGAAGGUGCUGGGGUUCCAGGUUCUAACAGGAAAGGAAAUGAUGCUAUAGUUGUUGAACAAUGGACAGUCAUUGAGGGGUGUGAAAUUAAAACAGAUUAUGGACCCUUAUUGCACACGCUGGCUGAAUUUGGAUGGCUUCUGACCUGUGUGCUGCCUACACCUAUCGUACGACAUGACAGUGAAGGAAAUCUGGCCACAAAGCAAGUCAUUUUUCUUCAGAGACCUGUUAUGUGGAAUUCUGCUGUCCAGACACCAGAGAAGAAAUCCUUAAGACAAGUUAUUGGGGAGGAAAGAGGCAAAGUCUCUAGCAGAAGUGUUGGAUUAGAUACAGCUACUUCUCGCCCUGUAGAAACUGGACAAGCACCCGAUGAGUUUCACUUAUCUCCUUCUAAGCAGUGUUGGAUCAAGGAGGGAUCCUCCCAGUAUGGAGGCUUUCCAGGGUUCAGUAGCAGUGAUGGAGUAUUGAGGGAACUGGAUGAUGGACAAUUUGACCAGGAAGAUGGAGUCACUCAGGUCACAUGCAUGUGAUAAGUAACUGCAUCAGAUGGACAUGUACAUAAUUCACACAAAUGUGUCUGAUGUUUUCUUUGGUUGGUUUUUUUUUAAGUCAUACUACUUUAAAUGCAUUGGUAUAACCUUUUCCCAGAUUCAUUUUGUAUUUUGUCUGUUUCUUCACUGUGUUAAUCCUACUGUAGAAUUACUUCUACUGCAAAAUAAUUUGGUUUUCUGUCUCUCUUUAAUAGAAGAAUUACAUGACUGGGUGCUCUGCUAACUUGUUAAUGCUUUUGACAAGCAAGGAAGCAAAUGCUGCAAAACAGUGACAGUUUGAACUGUGUGAGUGAGAAAGGAAUGAGGAUGUUUAGUGUUUUCCACAAGCUGGAAGAAUGUUAUGUUUUUAAAGGGUGUUGUAAAUAUUGGUAGGGAAAACGAACUGACUGUUGUUACAUUUUAAUGUAAUUUUCACUUGACUUGCCUUGCAUUAAUGCAAAAGCCUAGAGAAAUGUUGUCUCACACUAGAGUUUUAACAGUUUAAGCUAUAUUUGUACAGAAAACAUCUGGAGACUGUAGGCAAACACUUGCUCCUGUAGUAUAAUUUCACCUAUGCAGGAUUUUAAUACAUCUAAGCCAAAAGCUAUCUGAGCA